AUGUUGAUUUUUGUAUUAAUUUCGUUCAUUUUUCAUCAGAAAUCGUUCGCACAAGACGAAAAAUAUUGCAAUCCAUCAUUAUGUCGCAGCUGGAAUGGCGUUAUCGAGCCUCAUAUUGGUUGUCCCGGCAAUGCUCCGGAUUAUUGUCCGCCAGAUGCUCGGGAAAUUGUCAUGACAGCUGAUUGGAUCGACUACAUCGUGCAUAAACAUAACAAUUUUCGGAACAUUUUAGCUGGAGGCAUGUUAGAAAAUUUUCCUGCUGCAUGGAGAAUGCCUUUAAUGCAGCAAUGGGAUCAAGAACUUGCCGACUUGGCGCGUCUUAAUAUGAUGCGGUGCAUUUAUGGGCACGACAAGUGUCACAAUACCCCGAAUUAUCGAUGGUCUGGUCAAAAUAUCGCUUGGAGUAAGAAUUAUCCGCGAGAUAAUUAUCACAUAGAGUCCAUGAUCGAUGCUUGGUGGAACGAAUACCAAAUUUGUCCGUUGAGUGAGAUUUUGAGCUUUGGCAAAAGGAGUGAUUUAAAAAUUGGGCAUUUUACGGCGAUGGCCCAAGAUCGCAAUGAUCGUGUUGGAUGUGCUGCAGUUCGUUUCAACAGGAAUGAAAGGAUGCUGGCAUGCAAUUAUGGCUUCACGAAUAUCGUUGAUGCCCAAGUUUACGAAUUUGGCGAGCCCACAAGUCGAUGUCAGACGGGACGUGACAACGUUUACGAAAAUCUUUGCAGCGCCGCUGAAAUUGUUGAUUCAAAUCCUUAA